UUGUCUGUCUUUGAACAAAUCGUAGGAGAAAAUAAAGAUAAAGCUUUAAUCAUAGUUAUACAGCUUUUAGGUCAUAGUUACAACAAAAAUUUCGAUGGAUUCUUUAAUACUAAAAUUAUUAAGAAAAUUUUUGGCACAAUGGAUAACGAAGCACUUGAGCAAUAUUUAUUACAUCUUAAAAAAAUAUUUUUGCAUCCGAAUGAAAUUCAUUUGAGUGAAAGUAGGUCAAUAGAACAUCAUCGCCAAUGGAUUAUAAAUCAUGUAUACACUCUUUUAAAGGAUCAUCAUGUAAAACGCCACGAAGGAUUUUUGAAAUCUGUUGAAUCGCGUCCCAAAAUAUACAAUACACGUUCUUCAAAACGGUUGAAACUCAACUCGGGAACAUCCACAAAUAAUGUAGGAAUGGUUGAUAAUUCCGAAGAAACUCAUGUCUUGUUUGAAUCACCAAUACCAGAGCUUUCAGAUAAAACUCAAAAGUGCCUUCGGGAACGGUUCUUUCAUGCUCUUGGUGAAUUGUGUACUAUCCGUUCUUCAGAUAAAGAAAAGUCUAUCCAUCAAUUAAAUGGUACCAUGAAUGACGGUGUGGCAUGGUCAUAUUAUGCCGUAAACUUAAUGAAAAAGUAUUAUGACGAUUCUCGAAUAGAGCCGUUGAUCAUUUUAAGUGAUGAAGCUCAACAAAUGAAAAUUGAUGUCAUUAUACUUUUACAACAAAUCACUAAUAAGGUAUUGAAUAAACCAUCAAAAAAUGAUUCUACAAACACCUUACAAUACAAAGGUUUUAUAUUACUGUUCUCCUUUUCAAUUCUCGCGUUGUACAUUGAGCCAGACGAGUCCAUGAGCGCCCUAAAGGAUUUACGGAUUUGCUAUGAUAGAAUGUUUGAUAAAAAAAAGAAACCUUCAAAAAAAUUGAAAAAUGCAAGUGAAAGUGAUCAAAGUAUGCAUAAUCCUGCUGAUGUUAUUGUAGAUAUUCUACUUGGAUUUCUUGCAAAACCAUCUUCGUUUUUGCAUAAUAUGUCGGAACAAAUAUUUAAGAUUUUUUGCGGCAAUAUUACAAAAUCAUCAUUUGACGUAAUGAUUGAA